AUGAGUAGCGAAACUACUCCAAGUCUGUACGACAUAUAUUCGUUCUUCCAUUCUCUGCGCACCUCGCUACCAGACUACAACGACUUUUCCGAUUUGGUGGGCACCCUGUUCAUUCCUCACGAUGUGAUGCCCGUCUCCGAAACACUCGCAAACGUACUUCCCUACUUUCGCCGUUGUUCCAACCCAUCCCUGUUUACGACUUUCCAAAUAAUGAUGCGCCAUGCCGAACAAAACGCAUCAUUUGAAAGUACUUUUUUGCGUGUCUGUGACGCCAUGGAUAUUUUGGAAAAGAUUGAAUAUGCUCUCGGGGGAAACAGGAGACUGCUUGAAGGAUAUUUGCACGCAUUGCAAUUGGACAACGCCUCGGCUAGCCACGAGCAAGUGAUGAAUAGUUUGCAAAGAUUUUUGACUGAAAAAUGUGAUGCAAACACGCAAUUGAGAGUAAGAAAGGUUUUUGCUGAAGAAGGGGCGGCUGAUGAACUUGGUCUAAGCGGUGGUAUUCUAGCUAUAGCGUCAGCUAUUAUAGAUGAUGAUGCCCUCUAUAUCCAAAUACUUCAGACGCUUCAACUUAAUCAUCGCCAGAAUCUCUCGUGGGAGGCUGUAAUUUCUCGUAUCCAAAAAAUCGUACAAGAGAAGAAACCAGCCGUAUGGUCCGAGUUCUAUGCUUUCCUGGACAGUCUGCAUACUGGCAACAUCUAUGACUAUAACAGUGACAAACUUGCCAAGGUUCGUUUGGAUAACGAUGAGGAUAACGUUGAUAAAGAGCAACAACCCCAGCAGAGAGAGAUAGGCGCUUUUUAG